AUUCAUGCUACAGCCGAUCUUUCCCCAAGGACUUGCUGAUGUCGUUUCUUCCCUUGGUGGCAAUCGAAGCACUGUCUCGGUGCUCAAAAGGCUGCAACGUUCGAUAAUGAUACCUAUACGAAAGGACGAUUUAAGAUUCUUUGUAACUUUAUGUCAUAUGCUGGAUUUGUUGAAAAACCUUCUUUUCAUCUUAGCUUAAGGAUAAGAUCUUUUUGCAGAUUGCACCCACGACGUGCAUCAAUCCAUCUGUCCGUGUCACACCGAGCAAUGCGGAGGAGUGGAUCCCAGGUUUUGCCAUCCGCAAAACUGCUUUCGAGUCGUAUUAUUUAUUCUUGCAUCUUUUAUAUAGUUCAUGUAAAGGCAUGUAAAAAUAUAAAAUCACUAUUACGUUGUCCAGUAUGUAGUCCGUAAUAUGUCGUGUGGAUGAACUUAGUAUCCAAUCCUUCUAUCAUAGCUGUAUUUUUAUAUAAUAUGAUUGUGAAGCUAAUAAACAGGCCACUGCAACUCAUUGUACACUCCCUACGCUGGACCCCACACGGAAAGCUGAAAAAAAGUCGAGAAAUUAAAAGAAGAUCUACAUAAAGCAGUUUGUCAGAAAGUUGUGCUGUCUCAGAAACUGGAAGAGUGGGAGGUUCUGUUGUCCAAUCUUUUAAUCACAGCUGUAUGUGUAUUUUAUAUAAUAAGAUUGUAAAUCUCAUAAAAAGACACAGGCCACUGCAGCUCAUUGUAGAGUCCCUACACUGGACCCAACGUUUGAAAUAUCUAAUAGAAAUGAAUUUAUUUUUCCAACACAGUGCUGUUCAAGAGCUACGGAAAGCAAGGGAGGAUAUCGAACAACUGGAGAUGAAACUGUUGAGAGCAGUCUCACAGAAAGUGGAAUUAUCCAAGAAACUGGAACAAUGGGAGGUUCAUCAGGUUUUGUUUUCAUGUUUAAAAAUAUCUAAAUGAUGUUUUCAAUUGAACAACCGAUGUUUUUGUCAACAGGGACGUCAGAUUGCAGACCGGAUCAAAAACUGUGUUUGCAUAAGUUUGUCCUAAAUCUUCAACAUAAGAUUUUUGAAACAAGCAGUGUGAACACAUCUUGUUGACAAGCUGUAAGAUUUUUAUCUAUAUAUGGAGUUGUUUUCUUUACUGUAGGACGAUAUGGCGUCUGUGAUAGACGAAAAAGUAAAAAAAAUAUGAACAGCAACAAAGAUGGCGGCGAAAGCAAGACAACAAAAAUACAGGAUGUUUUUAAAAGAUGGAGGUAGACUAAAAUAAAAAAAUAGAAAAAUCUAGUUUAUUUAAUUAUUUAUUAUUAAGAUACUUAGAAAUUUGAUAUUUAAUAAAAACUUUGGCUGUUUGAUUUCAUGUAACGUAAAAACUAUAAAAGCUACUACACUCAAAUAAAUUUUAUUUCAUUCAGAAAAGGACCCCUUGUACAAAUCUUCUAGCAGAUACAUAGUUUAUAUACUGUGAUUUAUUUUUAGAAUGCGUAACCUCACAGCCCUUGAACUGGCCCAAAUACCUUGAUUGUCAAUGGAAUGAUGAAGAUAUGAAUCAGAUAUGAAUUUUUAUCUAGACUUGUCUAGAUCAAAGGAAAUAGGUCCAUUAAAUUGGGGGUAAAUGUACGAAAAAGUCUUCAAAACACCAGUUCGUUUUUUGCCCGGCGAACUGCUGAGUUUUGCCCGAGAAAACUGUCCAUUUGAAACUUUGGGGGGGGGGGGGCAACCACCACAGGGUUUACGCCCUUCUUUUUCAUUUUAUUUUUUACGACUUGAAAAUAUUGCAACAUACUUUGCAAAAACUAGAAAUUUUAAGAAAAUUGAAUCAAAACCUGACAUUUGUGAUGUUACUUAUUCUUGGCCUUAAAAAUGUGUUUUUUUUACUUUUUACAGGGAUAUAUAUAUAUGCCAGACGGAAAAAUGCAAGAAUCACUUACACCAAAUCGAUGACAGUACACGAUUAUCUCAAUGCAACGCUUGUAAACCCGGUUGUGCACGAACAAAUUCUCAAACAUUUUCCGAAGUUGGAGCGAGUGUUAUCCGACCAUACCUGUCGCUUGAUUGAUCAGAUCAGUGACUUUGAUCUGGAUGUCUUCGAAGUGUCAGAUGGGUGCGCAUUCCGAAUUUCUGCAACAGCAUUUUUCGAAUACGAAGAGGAAGACUUUCGUGGAAAGUCUGCACGCGCAUUUGUGCCUUAUGAUUAUCUUUCACCGCCCGAUCCUGGCGUUUUCGCAGAAGGAGUUUUUAUCUACACUUGUCUAGAGCAAAGGGAAUAGGUCCAUUAAAUUGGGGGUAAAUGAACGAAAAAGUAUCUGGUAAUGUUAGUGAAAGUCUCUUCAUUUAUUUUUAGAAUGCGUAACAUCACAGCACUCGAAUUAUCGAAAAUUCCUUGAGUGAUGUCCUGCAACUGACCCAAAUGCCAUGAAGCCCUUGAACUGGCCCAAAUACCUCGAUUGUCAAUGGAGUGAUGAAGAUAUGAAUCAGAUAUAAAUUUUUAUCUAGACUUGUCUAGAUCAAAGGGAAUAGGUCCAUUAAAUCUAUUCAACAACUGUUUUGCUUCUGUAGGUAAAAUAUGAAAAUUUACGUGUUGGAGCAAACAUAUAUAAGAUAUGUAUGGUCCGUUGUCACAGCGGAUGCGGAUUUGGACCCCUCGUCCAAAUCUUCCAGCAGAUACAUGGUUUAUAUAAGGGUUUUGUAUAUUCAAGUGUACACUUUUGUAGAUCACUAGCAAUCUAUGUGGCUUUUAAUAAGAGUUUAUAGAAUUCCUUACUCAGGGUUUCAUUGUAAUCGCAUUUCAAUGUAAGAAAAAGGGGACGGUAGAGCUACUUAUAGUUAUAUAUUCUUCCUGUUUACGGGUGUAAAAUGUGGAAGGUGUGUUAAUGUAUUUUGGGUUGAAAAAAAUCGAGUUUGUCCAUUUUUCCCAGAUUCAUGCUACAGCCGAUCUUUCCCCAAGGACUGCUGAUGUCGUUUCUUCCCUUGGUGGCAAUCGAAGCACUGUCUCGGUGCUCAAAAGGCUGCAACGUUCGAUAAUGGUACGCAUACGAAAGGACGAUUUAAGAUUCUUUGCAACUUUAUGUCAUAUGCUGGAUUUGUUGAAAAACUUCCUUUUCAUCUUAGCUUAAGGAUAAGAUCUUUUUGCAGAUUGCACCCACGACGUGCAUCAAUCCAUCUGUCCGUGUCACACCGAGCAAUGCGGAGGAGUGGAUCCCAGGUUUUGCCAUCCGCAAAACUGCUUUCGAGUCGUAUUAUUUAUUCUUGCAUCUUUUAUAUAGUUCAUGUAAAGGCAUGUAAAAAUAUAAAAUCACUAUUACGUUGUCCAGUAUGUAGUCCGUAAUAUGUCGUGUGGAUGAACUUAGUAUCCAAUCCUUCAAUCAUAGCUGUAUUUUUAUAUAAUAUGAUUGUGAAGUUAAUAAAAAGGAACAAGCCACUGCAACUCAUUGUACACUCCCUACGCUGGACCCCACACGGAAAGCUAGAAAAGAAGUCGAGAAAUUAAAAGAAGAUCUACAUAAAGCAGUGUGUCAGGAAGUUGUGCUGUCUCAGAAACUGGAAGAGUGGGAGGUUCUGUUGUCCAAUCUUUUAAUCACAGCUGUAUGUGUAUUUUAUAUAAUAAGAUUGUAAAGCUAAUAAAAAGACGCAGCCACUGCAGCUCAUUGUAGAGUCCCUACACUGGACCCAACGUUUGAAAUAUCUAAUAGAAAUGAAUUUAUUUUUCCAACACAGUGCUGUUCCAGAGCUACGGAAAGCAAGGGAGGAUAUCGAACAACUGGAGAUGAAACUGUUGAGAGCAGUCUCACAGAAAGUGGAAUUAUCCAAGAAACUGGAGCAAUGGGAGGUUCAUCAGGUUUUGUUUUCAUGUUUAAAAAUAUCUUAAUGAUGUUUUCAAUUGAACAACCGAUGUUUUUGUCAACAGGGACGUCAGAUUGCAGACCGGAUCAAAAACUGUGUUUGCAUAAGUUUGUCUUAAAUCUUCAACAUAAGAUUUUUGAAACAAGCAGUGUGAACACAUCUUGUUGACAAGCUGUAAGAUUUUUAUCUAUAUAUGGAGUUGUUUUCUUUACUGUAGGACGAUAUGGCGUCUGUGAUAGACGAAAAAGUAAAAAAAAAUAUGAACAGCAACAAAGAUGGCGGCGAAAGCAAGACAACAAAAAUACAUGGAGAUAAAAAUAAAAGAUGGAGGUAGACUAAAAUAAAAAAAUAGAAAAAUCUAGUUUAUUUAAUUUUGUAUCAUUAAGAUACUUAGAAAUUUGAUAUUUAAUAAAAACUUGCGCUGUUUGAUUUCAUGUAGCGUAGUAACUAUAAAAGCUACUACACUCAAAUAAAUUUUAUUUUAUUCAGAAAAGGACCCCUUGUACAAAUCUUCUAGCAGAUACGUAGUUUAUAUACUGUGAUUUAUUUUUAGAAUGCGUAACCUCUCAGCCCUUGAACUGGCCCAAAUACCUUGAUUGUCAAUGGAAUGAUGAAGAUAUGAAUCAGAUAUGAAUUUUUAUCUAGACUUGUCUAGAUCAAAGGGAAUAGGUCCAUUUAAAUUGGGGUAAAUGAACGAAAAAGUAUCUGGUAAUGUUAGUGAAAGUCUCUUUAUUUAUUCUUAGCAUGCGUAACCUCACGGCCCGGGAACUGGCUGAAAUUUAAUUCAUUGGUCAAUGCGGGUGAUGAAGGAAGAAGCGUGUUGAGAAAGGCAGAUAUGCGAUAUGAAUUUUUAUCUAGACUUGGCUAGAUCAAAGGGAAUAGGUCCAUUAAAUUGGGAGUAAAUGAACGAAAAAGUCUUCAAAACCCCCGUUCGUUUUUUGUCCGGCGAACUACUGAGUUUUGCCCGAGAAAACUGUCCAUUUGAAACUUUGCGGGGGGGGAGCCAACCACAACAGGAUUUACGCCCGUCUUUGUCAUUUUAUUUUUUACGACUUGAAAAUAUUGCAACAUACUUUGCAAUUAAAAUAUUGCAACAUACUUUGCAAAAAAAUUGAAUCAAAACCUGACGUUUGUGAUGUUACUUAUUCUCAGCCUUAAAAAUGUGUUUUUACUUUUUACAGGGAGAUGUGUAUGGAAGACCAAACAACUCGAAAAUUACAUACACCGAAACGUCGACAGUCCGCCAAUAUCUGAACGAACUGGUUGACACCGAUGUUGUUCGUGAACAAAUCUUAAAACAUCGUCCGAAGUCGGAACGACUUUUAUCAGACUAUCGCAAUCCCUUGGUUGAGAAGAUCAGUGACUUUGACCGUGAUGUCAUCAAAGUGUCAGAUGGGUGCGCAUUCCGAAUUUCUGCAAGAGCAUUUUUCGAUUAUGAAGAGGAAGACUUUCGUGGAAAGUUUGCACGCGUAUUUGUGCCGUAUGAUUGUCUUUCACCGCCCGAUCCUGGCGUUUUCGCAGAAGGAAUUUUUAUCUACACUUGUCUAGAUCAAAGGGAAUAGGUCCAUUAAAUUGGGGGUAAAUGAACGAAAAAGUAUCUGGUAAUGAUAGUGAAAGUCUCUUCAUUUAUUUUUAGAAUGCGUAACAUCACAGCACUAGCUCGAAUUAUCGAAAAUUCCUUGAGUGAUGUCCUGGAACUGACCCAAAUGCCACAAAGCCCUUGAACUGGCCCAAAUACCUCGAUUGUCAAUGGAGUGAUGAAGAUAUGAAUCAGAUAUGAAUUUUUAUCUAGACUUGUCUAGAUCAAAGGGAGUAGGUCCAUUAAAUUGGGGGUAAAUGAACGAAAAAGUUGAAUCAAAACCUGACCUUUGUGAUGUUACUUAUUCUUGGCCUUAAAAAAUGUGUGCUUUUACUUUUUACAGGGAUAUAUAUAUAUAUAUAUAUAUAUAUAUAUAUAUAUAUAUGCCAGACGGAAAAAUGCAAAAAUCACUUACACCAAAUCGAUGACAGUACAUGAUUAUCUCAAUGCAAUACUUGUAAACCCGGUUGUGCGCGAACAAAUUCUCAAACAUUUUCCGAAGUUGGAGCGAGUCUUAUCCGACCAUACCUGUCGCUUAAUUGAUCAGAUCAGUAACUUUGACCUGGAUGUCAUCGAAGUGUCAGAUGAGUGCGCAUUCCGAAUUUCUGCAAGAGCAUUUUUCGAAUACGAAGAGGAAGACUUUUGUGGAAAGUCUGCACACGCAUUUGUGCCGUAUGAUUGUCUUUCACCGCCCGAUCCUGGCGUUUUCGCAGAAGGAAUUUUUAUCUAGACUUGUCUAGAUCAAAAGGAAUAGGUCCAUUAAAUUGGGGGUAAAUGAACGAAAAAGUAUCUGGUAAUGUUUUAGUGAAAGUCUCUUCAUUUAUUUUUAGAAUGCUAGAUCAAUCAAGGGGAAUAGGUCCAUUAAAUUGGGGUAAAUGCCCAGAACCUGAAAUGGAAACCUUUUAGUGAACGCAGAACACAUUUCGUAGCAAGUCUUAUGUAUAAAAUAACUCGGGAACUGGCGCCAAAACGAAUAACCAACAUUUUCCAAAGGACGUCUUCCUUUUAUUACUAUAAUAUGCGAGGCUCUUCCACCGAACUCUUUUUGCCCAAACCUACGACUGAAUAUCUUAAAAAAAGUCUUAGUUAUAGAGGAGCUAAAUUGUGGAACAGCCUUUCUGAUGAAGCAAGAAACAAACACACUCUUGCUUCGUUUAAUUCAUGUAUACGACACCUGGCCAAUUAAUUAAUUAAUUAAUUAAUUAAUUAAUUAAUUACGUUAAUUAAAAAUAUUGCACAGUACUAACAUUAAUUUAAUAUGUAAAUAAUUAUAUACUCAUUGCAUUUGUAAAUGUAUUGUAAUUGUUGUUAACUGUAAUGUAAUGUAUGACCUAGCCUCCUCCGCAGGCAUCUCGUAGUUCACGUACUUCAGAAAGUCGAUGAGAUGCCUGCCAAAACCCGACAUGGUUCAGCCGUUCUGCGCAUCUUGCUUGCGCAGCGAUUUCGUCUCUAGGGUAUGCACGUCAUCCAAGAUGGCGGAUUGCAUGGAGUGAAGAAUUAUGAAAAUUAGUGAAUUUAUAUUAAUACGCUCGCUAAAGGCGGCUAAACGAUUAAGAAUACAGCUUUUGUGGACAAUUGAAAGAAUCUUAACCCGGAAAUUAAAAUUGUCAUCAAAUAAUUUACAUGUUGUCAUUUGACAUAUAUUUUUGUAUAUCUGUAAAUGGAAAACAUCAAGGUUGACGUAUAUUUUUGUAUAAGCUGUAGAUAGAAAUCUUGUUGUAAUCUUUUAAGCACUAUAAAGAUAGACUUUGUGUUAACAUCACAAUGAAAUGCAUUUAAUUUCAUAUAAUAUUUUUUUGGAUCAAUUAUAGUUGUUUUGUGUUUUAAAUAAUUGUUAAUGUCUGGCUGGCAUAAUUAUUUAAAAUAGUACAAUUAUCAUGUACAGUUAGUUCAAUCUGUCUGUUCAUGGUUGUUAGAAGCAGGACAAAAUUACCCUACAUAUGAUGUGUAGAAAUGUAAAAAGAUAAAACACAUUUCAGCUUGAUAAUUGUGGACCCAUUAUUAAUUGAAACCAAGCACUGUGAACCAAGGCAAGAGCCAGAUUGAUUUGAGUGAAAAAGCCUUGGUCUGGUGUUUGGUUGUCAGAUUGGCCGAGUAUGCCAAUCAGUGAAGGAACGCCACUGCCUAAAGUCUAAAAUUAGCUGGGUUCACUUACUAUAUUCACUAUCGUUGCUACCGGGGUGUGGCAAGCCUUGCUUAUUUUGGUCGAAAAAUUUAUAAAUAUGCUUAUAUUAGUCUGGAAAUUUUUUUUACCCCCUGUCGACAACAUUUCCGGGUUUACGACAUGGUCAAAAUUUUAUUAAAUAUUGAUCAAAACAUGACGACCCCCCCCCCCAAUGUUGAUGCCUUAGUGACGCCCCUACUUACUAUACUAUGUCUUGUUCAUGUGUGCACUAGUGUCCAGUACCUGCAUGGUGUGAAUUGCAUUGUACAAUCCAGCAGUUAAACAAUAACAUGGUAGAUGAUUAUAAUAAUAAUUUUUUAAUUUUUUUUAAUCCAAAUGAAGAUGUUGAAUUGUCAGGAUUUCUAUGCAAGAAACUAGGUGCUAUUUUGCAUGUCUGAGAUGGAGACUAAGUUGCUGCAUCCUAGAAAGUGUGAACAGCAAGGUUUACAUUGUACAAUUAGCAGCUUCAAGGCUACAACACAUGGACAAGCAACCAUUGUCAAUGACAACAUUGAUCAAGCAUGUCAUAACCUGCCAGAUAAAAUAGUGACAUAAUUGAACAUGGCCAGCAUUCUGUUCUGCUGACAACUUCUUUAUAAUAUAACAUGUUUUUAAUGGAUGAAAAUGGGAUAAAAAAAUAAAAGUAGUGGAAACUGUUGUCUAUGCUCACAAUUUCCCUGUGACUUAUUUUUAAAUCACAUCGCCUUUUAUCAGGAAUUGCAUUGCAAGUUGCAGAUUUACUAGAGGGGGGUGCACCCUCCAAGCCCUGACAGGAGAGGGUGAAGGGGAUGCUUUUUUCAUGAUAAAGCAAAAAAUAAUAGAGACAAAAUGAGAUACAGUAAUUUGAGCAAUAACAUGAUGAUAAGCAAACUGUGAACAACAAUUCAAAUUCCAAUGUAGUAUCACCAGAGCUUCAGUGGCGCCGCCAGCUCGAUAAUUGGGAAGGGGGCGAAUAUUCAUAUCUUUGUGUUCUGCAUUAUUAACUUCUUUUGAAAUUGAUUGUUUUUAUGCUCUGUGAACACAAUAUAUGAAUAUUUGCCCCCCCCCCCCAAUUAUCGAGCUGGCGGCACCACUGCAGAGCAGCCCCCUACCAGAUCAUGCUGGAUCGAUCCCUGUAUUAUUUUAUUUACACAUGGAGGUGUAUCUCUUUUGGUGGCGUAAAGGCAUGUUUCUUGACACAAGUGACAAUCCAAAUUUUUAGAUGGCUGUUUAAAAUUUUAGUCAGCUGGAUGGCAGGCUGGUCAAUACCAUUUGUAUUUGUAUUUGUAUUUAAGAAAGAACCUCUGUUAGCUAACGCUAGUUUACACGAGGUCUUAAAAAUAGGAUUACCCUACAAGAUAAAAAGUCUAUAAAUCUAGUUAUUCUUAAAAAUUACUAAAAUACGUUAAAAGUUCAAAUAGUUAAUAAUAAUUAUAUGAACCAGUCUAGCUGUUUAAGAACAGCAGACUUAAACAUGGAUUUGGAAGAUAUGAUUUUUAGAGUAUAGUCUAAAUUGUUCCAUAGACGGAUAGCUCUGGUCCUAAAAGCCCGAGCUAAAAAGGUUUUCUUCUUUAACAUAGGUUUCUCUAACAACAUAUUAUCACUUCGACACCUCGACGAAAAUCUAGUAUUGUGUUCAUGAGUAAUUUCAAAUGGUUUAAAAUUCACGUAAAUUGCAUUUGGUUCACCAGAAUAAAGUACAUUAUGCAAUGCCAUUAAGGUUCUGACAUGAAUCCUUUGUCUCACUGUUAACCAACCUAUUUCAUCAUGGAGAUUUUCCCUAGAUAUUUCAUCAACCUUAUAUCCUAGGAUCAAUCUGGCGGCCUUGUUCUGAAGUUUUUGUAAAUUAUUAAUCGACUCUUGAUUUUGCGCAGAUCCCCAAACCGUACAACAAUAGUUCAAUUUUGACAGUAUGAGUGCCUCAGCGAUAAUCUUUAAAACUUUUGAUGGAAUAUAUCUGCUGAACUUGAACAGUAAGCCAAGAGCUUUGGAACAAUCUUUAAGUAGAUCUUCACAAUGCUGCUUCCAACUUAAGUUCUCGUCAACCUGGACGCCAAGGAGUUUUACACAUGGAAGUUGUUCAAUGAUUUUAUCUUUAAUGCAUAAGUUAAGCGAUGGAGCUGAUUUAAUCUUCUGCCGACUUCCAAUAAGGAUACUAUUUGUUUUAUCAGCAUUAAGAACAAGACGAUUCUUCGAGACCCAUAAUUCAACUUUAGAUAAGUCAAAUUGAAGUUUAUCUGAUAUGAGUCUGGCGUUAUGUCCAGAUUGGAACGGAGUGCUAUCAUCGGCGUACAAGGUGAUAUCAGCUGUAGUUAAGACUGUUGGUAAAUCAUUAACAAACAAACUGAAGAGCAGUGGGCCAAGACAACUACCCUGUGGCACCCCACAAGUCAUCUCGAUCGGAUUAGAAAAAGCACCAUUGAUAUAUACGGUUGAGGUUCUCCCACUUAAAUACGACUUGAUCCAGUUAAUCGCAUUAUCUGAAAAGUCAUAACAUUUCAAUUUCAGAAGCAGCAAAUUAUGAUCAAUCAGGUCGAAAGCAGCUGAAAAGUCCAACAAAGCAGCACCAGUAAGCAUACCAUUCUCCAUGUUGUCAAGGCAACUGUCAGUCAGAUGUAAAAGAGCUGAUUCAGUGCUAUGAUUGAUUCUAUAUGCAUGUUGAUUCUUGAGCAUUAAGUUAUGUUCGGAGACAUAGUGACAGAUUUGUUUAUGCGCAAAUUUUUCGUGCAGUUUACUUAAUACAUUUAGAAGACUGAUGGGUCGACUAUUUAUAUCUUCAAAAGGCUGUUUCUUAUCUUUGGGAAUCGGGUGUAGUUUAGCUACUUUCCAUUGAUCAGGAAAUAUUGACUUCGCAUAUGAACAGUUAAAAAUGUAUCUAAUAGGUUCCGCAAUGAUAUUCGACGCAAUUCUAAGUAAAAAAUUAUCAAUGCCAUCUACGCCUGUCACUUUAGUAUCUGGAAGCUUAGCAAGGCAGCUGUGAACUUCUAAAAGACUUAAAGAUGAGAAACUCAAACCGACAGUUUUUUCCAGUCAUUAGUUCGGUAAUUGAUUUAGUUACAUACUACGUAUCUAUCGGGUUGGACAUCUCAAAUCUAUAUUUCUUUAUUUUUUCAUUAAAGAACUUUGCGAAAUGAUUGGCAAUAUCUUUAGGUUUUGUGUAAAUUUCACCAUUACUCUCUGCAUAAGUUGGUAUUGGACAAUUUGAGCGUCCUAACAGAUUGUUUAUUGUUUUCCACAUUGACUUUGGAUCUUUUUUGGUAUUAUUAAUAGCUUCAAGAAAAUAUGCUCUUUUGCUUUCUCUGUUGACCUUAACGACAUGGUUUCUCAAUUUCCUAUAAACCGCUCAGUCAGAAGGAAAACCAGAGACCUUCGCCUCACGUUUUGCUGCAUCUCUCAUCAACAUUAAGUCGCGAAUAUUUUGAGUUAUCCAAGGAGCGGGUUUUGAUUUAACUGUUCUUAAAUAAUUUUAAGAACCCUAAAAAUUCCAGGAAGACCGCAUUCUGGCCCUAAUUAGAUGGUUGCCAAAUCAUGAACCAUUUGUUAAUAACUUUUCAGAUUAUUUUAUCGUCCAAAUAACUUUUCAGAUCAUUUUAAGAGAUCAUUUUAUCGUCCAAACACAGCUUAAUAUACUGAAUAUUGAAAUUGCAUUUACUUUAUAAAGUAACUUAAUUUCUUACAGAGGUUACCCUUGCAGCGGGUUCGUAUGUCUCGUUCGCUGGUGUAACAGAGAUAUUAUAUUACAAGAAUUCUGAGAAUCGCGUAUAUAGUUUAGAUGGUGGGUGGAAUAUUCCAGCUGAUCUUAAUACUGAUGAAAUACUGCCAUAUCAUACGACAAAACCUAAUGGAGCAUCAGUACUUGUUCCUGGAUUUUUUGCGGGUAUGUAUAGUAAUCCAUUCCCGGCUUCCCAGUCAAGUCAUUAUCAGAUAUUUCUAUAUUUGUUGGUGACUAAUAUAAUUUUAUCUGUUACAAGGGCGCGCCGCGGCGGAACCAGGGGGACACGGGGCACUGGCCAUUGAUUUUGUUCCCUCCCCCCAAUAUCUUUAUUAAAUAAAUAGACCUCAGACAUUUUCUGCCAGACUCUGAGGAAACGUUGUAAUUCACUCGAUUUAUACGAGACUGCAACUCAAACUAUAUUAUGCUCUGUCAUACCUAAAAUAUUAGAGAGUUUGAGCAAGAGAACAAAUUACGACAACGAUUGACGACGUGCUUGACAACUUUAAUUUGUCCGUGCGCAUUGUCUUGCGCAUGCUGAGUUUGGAGUCAGUAUGCAGUGGUUGUUCAAUAAAGACAGGGUAAAGAUUCAUGUCUAAUCCUUACCUCCACCAAACAACAAGACAUGUACCCGUCUAGCUUCGUUGUGCUGCCCACAUUAAGAACGAAUAUUUUUUUGUAAAAUUCGAACGAAUUAGGCAGAAAAACAAAGACGGAAUAGAGCUGAAAUUCAAGUCUUAAUUGCUGUUUUGUCUGGGUCAGGGUCAGGGUCAGGGUCAGGGUAAGGAUUAUGGUCACUAUUCAUAAAUAUUGAGACAUGAAUCUAUAAUGAGAAAUGACCCCAAACUCAGUGUGCGCAAGAUAAUGUUCAGAGGGGAAAAAAUUGUCAAGCAUGUCUUCGUAUUUGAGUACGUAAUACUGUAUGCAUUCUUCGUUGCCUUGCCCAAACUCUCUAUUUUAUGGAACAAGUAGACUCGCUUUAGCUGAAAGGUGGACUGAUGGGAGAGUUGUUACCGCGAUGUCACUUGUUUAAAAAUGUAGUCAAGCGGUCAAUCCUGGAUAGGCUGGACUGUUACUCAUAUAUACAGUCGCCAAUGACCUUUAAUAUAGUUCGAAGUUUGUUCCUUAUUAGGAAUUGAUGCAGCAGUCAAAGAAUUGGCAAACUUCGAUCUAAAAACAUUGAUGGAGCCUGCAUUGUAUUUUGCUGAAAAUGGAUUUCAACUACCUUAUCUCUUAGCUGGAUUGAUUGCAACAAAUUACAACGACAUUACAUUACUGAGGACUGAAGAUGGUAAGCUUUUUGCUAUGAACGUGCCGGAAUAUAUAUGAUUUAUGAAUUAUGUACUGCAGUACAGGAAAUCACAUGAUACAACAUUUUAAGAGCCCUUAUGACAAGAAAAGACCCGUUCUUGGUAUUCAGUGUGUAGUGUGUUUUAUUUUGAAAUAUAUCCACAACCCCCAGCGCUAUAACGAAAAACCCCUCAAUUCUGAUUGACUAGUCUAAGGGUAUAAUGCAUGCAUUUUAAGUAUAAAGCAACCUGCUCGCAGGCUAUUCGAUUCAGUGCCGAAAACCUAAGACAUUGCAAAACGUGAGCAAUUUAUUUAUUUUGCAUGUGACUAAACGGGCCGGUGUACACUAUUAGGCCUAACGUUUCUGUGAUCACAGUAGGGAUUUUGCAUAGAUAAAUUCUAUAUGUUUUGAAGAAUGUGUAAGAAAUGUUUGAGUGACCUAUGAGUGACGACCUGACUUAAUCAGUUAGUAGCAAUCAGUUUCCUGAAACAUUUCUUACAAAUCGUUCAAAACUUAAAAUUUACGUAAUAUGAUUAUAUGCAAAUAUCCCACUGUGUCGCAGAAACUUUGAUAGUGUAAACCAGGUCUAAUGCUGUUUAGAUAUAUGAAUUUGGUUUUGCAUAAUUUUUCAUACUUAUGACGCAUUAGCAUGAUUGUUCGUUCUUCAAUGUUCACGUCGUUCACGUGUAAUUUUGAGAUAAACUCCAAAUUGGACUCGAAACUAUACUAUUAUCCAUACUUAUUUGAUAAAACGUACCAAGAGCGGGAGAUUAGUCUCAAGCUCUUCUCUUUUUUAAUUCUGUUGGUUUGCAGUUCAAUUAUAAUGUCGUAAUUGUACUUUGUCAUGCAAGUUAUUUUGUCAUGCAAGUUAUAAAUUAGCUAACAGCAAGUUUGGAACAUUAACUAUUAGUAUUUUUGCACAGGUGAACAUACCAAAUCCUAGCUACAAAUUGAUUGGUCAAAUUUGACGUAUUAAGCUGUUCUAUUCACCUACAGGUGAAUAUAACAAAACCGAAACUUUCAAAAUAGUGGCCAAGCCAUUUUGUGGAAGUUACUGAUAAAGAAAUAAGCGAAAUUAAAAUAAAUUCAGUCCCAAAAAACACAAAAGACUUGUGUAAAAAUACUAAAACAAUUAUUCGCCUUAUAGGUUCGGUGAUUAUCGGGGAGUAUUCACCUCGACUUCGCCUCGGGGAAUGUUUCCCGAUAAUCACCUCGCCUUCGGCGAAUAAUUGUUAAUUAUAAAUAACUUUCUUAUUAUAUUUGCUGUAAUGCGGACAAGAAAAGGUUUUAUUAAUGCUAAACUUAUUAUUUUAUUUACCAAAUAUUCAAAUUAGGAAAGAACGUGUUUACAAACCCUGAGACUGGCAAAUAUUACAAGUUGGGUGAGAUAUUUAAACAACCGGAUUUGUUAAAAGUUCUUCAAUCCAUUGCCAACAACGGAGUGGGCGAAAUGUACAACGGAACCUGGGCACGAGAUAUGGUGUCACUUGUCAAGAAAGAAAAUGGUGUUAUGACCAUGUCUGAUAUGAGUGCUUACACCGUUAACUGGAAGAAUCCCAUUAACACGACGUAUUAUGAUUAUUUAGCAUCAACAUCGGGUAGGUAGUGAACUUUCUCUGGUUUUCAGUGAUAAUUUUGUUCUUGAAAAAGUAUGUAGGAUAUUACCAAGUCCAUGCAAGAAGCCGGCAAACGUUUGGAUAUGCGUUUCGCAUGAAAGUUCUUCCUGUAUAUACUGUUGAAAUAGGGAAGAAUUUCAUGUUCUGUUUUUUCUAAUUUUACGCUUUCCAAAAGUCUCGCAACAUCCCGCGUGUAUGGAUGACGCUAUCCUGCACGGAUAACCAUUUGGUAUUCCUUUAUUGGACCCCCAGUAAAAGUCCCUUUUGUCUAAAGUAUAAGCAAAAAAAGAGAAGACUGACAUCAGUCUUCCUUUCAUCUCAUAUUACUAGAAUUCACUCAAUCACCGUGACCGUGCACACAUUAACUUAAAUUCAGACAAAAAUAUAACAUAAUGACUUCUGUUCAGUUUCUGGACCAUCAUAUCUUGAUAGACUAUGCUACUAAGUAGGAAAGCAAAUGUAGCUAUAGGAUACGUACGUGACAGAUUUAUAUUUAGUUUCAGAGCAGAGUAACGACUAACUUGAUGCGGUUUUACGUACUGAUUUGUGUAUACUGGAAAUGCACUUUCCAGGCUUACACAACUUUCCAGGGUUUCCAGGUUUCCCACAAAUUCAAUUCAUGAUAUGCAAUCGCUCUGCGAUCCCUGCCUAGUAUAAAUGAGUAUAGAUGAAUACAGGUCAUUUUUCCAUGAUGCUCCACUGACGAAUUCUUAAAAAAGGCCCUGCACAGAUUAGUUUAAGUAAAAUUUGACAUUUUUUGUUCAUAUGGAAUACAUAGACUAAUAUAUGCCUUCGGGAAAAGCAAUACAGGUUGAUAUCCAGUUGGAAGUCAGAGAAAAGUUUGCAACUUUAAUCCGCCAUAAUUGUUACGAUAGUUUCGUGACUAAUAUUAUCUGUUCAUAUUUUUCGUGUCCAAUUUACUGUUUUAAAGGAAAAGGUACAUCCUUUAGGUGCACGUAAGAUAAGAUAAAAAUCAUCCUCACUUUAAUUUGCCUUUUGGGUGGGUAUGCGUACACUUUAAAUGGCAAAUGGCGACGACAACAACGUUCGCAAUCUUCAGAUUCUAGAUCUGUACUUUUUUAAGGUUUUGGUAAACGACUGUCAAAUCUAAACAUGUGUUUAUUUAAUAUGCUUUAGGUACUGACAAGGCUGGCUCAGGUGGUGUUGAGUUACUAGAGAAAUUAAACAUAAUGGAACUUGCUGAUCUUGGAAGUGGAUCUUAUCUUAGUAACUCGACCAAACUUUACUGGCUUGCUUCCAUCAUUCGCUUUAGUAAUUUUAUCUCACUAUAUUUACGUACUGUCCCAAAUGCAGUAGAUAUUUUGCAGCGUGAAUUUCAGUUGAAUUUUUCACUUCAGAACAGAACAUCCAAGGAAUUUACUGAUUCUAUUUGGAAUCAGAUGAGUAAACCCGAUGGAAUGGAUGAUAUCAAUAAGAAAAUUAAAAAGCUUCUUGGUAAGAAUCGUUUUGAAUAAAGUUCAAGUGGCCUAUAGUGUUUCCAAUUUCAAGAAAAUUGUAGCUCAAUAAGGCGUUUCUUCAUGGGAUGAGAUAUCAUUUUGUUCCUCAGUGUCUUGUUCUCGACAGGUCGAGGAAUGAGACUUGAAACUGUAUGAAACUUGUAGUUGUACGCAAGCUAAACCCAAGGCAAUGAAGACGGUAAUGAAUAGGGUAAUUUUUACUACUGGUAGUAACAAAUAUGUUACUUUUCUUUGUGUGUAGGUGGUCAUUCUUCACUUGCUACGAACUCAGCAUCUCAUUCUGAUGGAGUGGUAGCGAUGGAUAAGGAGGGUAAUGUGUGUUCAAUGAUACAUACAAUUAACAGUCUACCAUGGGGUACUGGUUUGUUCGUUCAUGGUAUUGCACUUCCACAUUCUGCUGCAAUUAAUAAAAAUUAUAUAAAACAACUUAAGCCUGGCACUCGACUCAACUCGGAACUUCAACCUGCUAUUGUAUUCAGACGCGUUAAUGAAGAUAAAGUAAGAAAUUUAGGUGGAAGUUUUAAGCCUGCAAUGGCUAUUUCUGUGGUCGGUUCCUCUCUCCGUGAAGUUACACCUCAGCUCCUAACUAGUGUGUUGGAUGAAAACAUGAAUCCCAACCAAGCAUUGUAUCGACCACAGUUCAUGUUACCGUCUCUAGGUAGUUAUUGGCAAGAUGUCCAAGUACAGCGUUGCACAUUUGACCAGAAUGUCUUACAAGAUGCACGUAAUAAAGGACAGUUGAUAACAGAGAUUGACGAUAAAACAUCACGGGGUUCCUAUGGUCUUGGUGUGUUGAUAUAUGUGGAUAAAAAUGGAGUUAGAUAUGCGGCAUCAACACCUACAUUAGACGGUAUUGCCGAGAGUGAGGCAUAGCUAUACGCGUUAUCAUAAAACAGUUUUCUGUCAACUUUGCGAGUUCUAUUUCAGAACCAUCCUCAGAGAUAUAAAAAACUAGUUUCAUAUUAUUUUGUGUGUGUUGUUGUUAUGUACUCAGGUGAAUAUGAUGUUUGUGAUGUUACUCUGAGUGUGCAUCCACACCGGGCAAGCUG